UGACAAGUUACCAUCAAAAAUAAGCUCUGAAGAGUGAUCCUAUUGUAUGUUUUGUAUUGUAACCUGACUGCAUAAUAGCUCCAGCUUCUGUCAUCCUCUGCGCUGCAGAAGUCAGUACCUUCUAUCCAAGCUAUUCUCUAGUCCAAAUGCUGCCUCUGGUACAGCUUUCCAAGCUGUAUUUUAGCUGCCUGUCUCCCUGCUAGCAUCACAUAAUUGCUCCCAAUCACUGGCCCCACUCAGUUGCACCAUCCUUUCCUCUGCAAAUAUUACGGUGACUUAGUGGCUCCCAGGGUCUGAACCAAGUACUGAACUCAAGCUGAACAGGCUGGGAACUGUCACUAGGUGGCAUCAGGAGAAGACAAAAAGGCUGCUUCUGAGACUUUUUGGCUUGAUAAGAGGAAAAAGUAGAAGGAGCAGACUUUUGCAAAGGUUGGGGUGGGGCUUCGCCAUAAUUGUGACCCUACAAGCAGCGUAGGUGGUGGAGCCACUGUGUGCCUACAGCAAGGGACUUCUGUGGCGUCAGUACCAGCUCCUCUUACUUUCCCCUUUCUGAUGAGACUUACCACUUCUUUCCCAAUGCCCGCUUCUACUACCAGUAUCAAUACUGCUUAUUUGUGCUCAUAAAGGUUUGCAGAGCAUUGCUAAGCUGCAGAACUGAGUCUGGAUCUGCCUUGUAUUCUUGUUUUGAGAAGAUAACACCCGCUUUGUGAGUUAAUUAUCUGGGUAGCUCUCUCCUUUCUCCCACAGCUACUGAUUAGUUAGGGCUACUGAGGCAUUUUAUUGCUCAACUCUUGCAUUUCUACUAUAAAGAGCAGACCAGUAAUGGAGGCUGGUUCUAGCUACUCCUGUUUAAAUUGCUGUGGGACCUGAACCCCAUUCAGCCCUUUAUCCUUGGCAGAAAACUACCUCUGGCACUUUCUCUCCCCUGGAAUGGGAAUCAAGACCAGGACGUAGUCCAGGAAGGCCUUAGAGCCGCUGCCAACUAGUAACAAGUUCAAGCCUUCCACCCACCCUUAGUGAGUACAGCAAUGCCCAGGAGGGAGAGGGCUUCCUCAAACCUGUUACUAGCCUCCACACAGCUAAUUAUUACUUCUGUUUCUCUGAGCUCUCUCCAAAUUUGUAAGUGGUGAGUGGCUUUCUCUGAGCUCUCUCCAAAUUUGUGAGUGGCCAGUGAUGAGAGCAGGAAGACAAGGCUGUUUGCCAUCGAUGUCGCACAUACUCUUGUCCAUAGGGUCCUAUAUAUAGUUUCCACGUCACUCCAAAUCACUGUUCUUUACAGGCAGUUUCAAAUACUUCAGUGCUUUGCAAUAGGUGAAGAGAGAGAUCAAACACUCAUUAACAAUGCAGCAAGAGAGGGAGCAAGAGCUUGUGCAUCUAUAGCUAGUUCCAUCUGAGCAGCUGUGAGCAUUUUAUGACUGUUAGUCACCCCUGUGCUGCGCGCUGCCACAAGGCCUACAUGCCAUUUGAGCUGCUAGAAUGGUAUUUGGCAUGGCACUCAUCUCUCAGGCAGUUGUGUCUACAGAUUGAUUAUCCCUUCCACAAAUGUGUGAGGUCUGAGCUGUUACGCUGCAGGCUGCUGUGGCCAAGGAUUCUGGGGACUGAAGAGAGACUGGUGAUUUGGGCAAUGCCCAACAGGAGAAAACUAAUGGGGCCUCAUGUAGAAUUAAACACUGAACACUCGAAAGCAAUCUUUGCAGUGUCUUCAGGUGGGCAACUAAAAUACUUGAGUAACUUUUUUGGAGAUUUUUCUGGCUUUUGCCCAAGGCUAGUCAAGCAAGGCUCUUCAUAAGCAACGAUCCACAAAGAUGUUUUUGUCUAGACAUGCUGUGGUCGUGUUCCAGCAUCUUACCAGCAGGGAUAGGCUUUGUCCCAAGUAACGUACAAUAUCAGUCAGAGCAGGUGGAAGCAAGCGAGGGAACAGAGCCUGAUGGGCUCUAGCACAUCAACUGCUUAAGCCUCUUCGUGCCUUUUGAGUUGUUGGGCUCCCUGCUCUGUGCUUUACUCGUUGAACUAACUCAAUUUUCAGAAGUUCAGAAAAGAGCUAAAAAAAAUUAAGAGAAAUCUCUCGCCUGUAUCUCUUGAGCCCUUUCAGCCAGUUAAUUGACAAGAGUGGGGUAUUCAUCCAGAGCUAAUGUUAUCGAGGCCUGGCUGAAUUAUUGAUGGAGCUUGGCUGGACCAAGAGACUGCUGAAAUAAGAAUGACAAUUCAGCAUCAUCAGAAGCCUCAGUAAGCAAACAGUCAAAGUAACAACAAGUGCCACCAAGUUCAGGGAGAAGAAAGUUCCUUUGAUAAAAGGGAGGGGGUAGAAGAGGACAAAGUGUGGACAAAAGCAUGAAACAGCAGCUCAGGUCUAGCAAAAGAGUCAGACAAAACGUGGUUAAAAAGUAAGAUGAGAAAUUUAAGUUAAAUACUGAGAAGUCUAUGUGAUGCUCUUCCUUGGUCAUGUAUGGGAUGGAGUUAAGUGCCUUUAAAUACGAAAAAAGCGGGGAAUUAGAGCCGGGGAAGCUCAAUUAUAACCCAGUGAUGUGUGAAGCAGAUAAAGGCAGGGGGGAUUAUUGUGAAUGCCAGGGAUCAGAGCGGCAGGCCUUUCGAGGACGCCAGUUCCGUGGCUAAUGGGCUCUGCAGCACUGGUGAGGAGCGAGGGCUGCCGGAGCAGGGACCCCGCAGGAGGGGCUGCCCUCUCCUUGGUACUGAACGGCUGCAGCAGCAGCCCACGCCCGGGCGUCUGCGGGAGGGGGUUCGCUCAGCAAGGCUAAUUCCGUGUGCCGGGGUUAAGGGCAAGAUGAUGUACGUGAUGAGCCUGCAUGUGUUUCAUCCCCCUUCAGCCCUAGGAGGGGAGUAACCAGAACCCCACGCUGCACGGAGCACAUGAAUUCGUCUUUAAAGCUCUCCCAGCUGAGCGGUCCCUUCUGCGGUGCUGGCAGUCCCGCGUGUUAAUGUCCCUGGUGAGCUGUUUCUGACUGCAUUCCCAUAAGGCACAGUGCUUAUGUGAUCCCUCAGGGAAUCCAAAUGGUAAAGAAAUAUUUCCGUCCAAGUCUUGUCCAGCCAAUCUUGCCGCCAACGGGAUGAGUCUGGUGUGACAGAGGUCAUUCAUAAGUCCUCAGGCAUAACUCUAGGCAUCCUCAGCCUGCUUCACACCCUGAAAUGCCUCUUACUUGGAGCCAGGCAAAAUAUUUUCAGUGGAAAAUAGAGGUAUUUUGAAAUAGAAGGGUUUCAUAGCAUGUAGUUAUUUUUGAGGAAGAUUUUUGGUGGAAUAACUGAAAUGUUUAACUUUGCAUGCCUUCAAAAAAAAAGGUUUUGAAAAUACCACUGAAGCGUUACACUCACCCUCCAUUCAUCCUCCUGCAGUCCCUUUGGGGUCGGCAGACAGAGAAGGUAGCACAAGUCCCCCUGCUCCACCUCCCUAGAGAGCUGUAACAGGCUUGUAGUCGUGCGUGCUCUGACAGCAGCAUCCCUGCGGUACUCCCUUCCUCCUCCCUGCACCUGCUCUGCAGCUCUUAGCAGAGAUGAGUGGGAGCAGUAGGCUCCAGCCCACGCUCAGGCAGUCUAUUCCUUCGGUUUGUUAGAUUAGUGCCGAUGAAAAGCCGUGGCUGGAACAGCCACCUGCAUGCUUCUUGGAGGCCCCUGGGGAGCGCAGUGCGAGGGAAUACUGCAAGCCUGGCCUGAUAAAUGAGCUGUGAUUUCAGGCCCAUGAACAAAUUGGUUUCCCCUUCCAGGAAGGCUCACAACUGUCGGCUGACUAUUGCUUUGUUUAUUGCAUUGGCCUUUGCAACUAGGGACUCUCGAGGGCAGAGGGAAAGGGUUCCAACGACAGGAAAGCAGAAGCAUUUGAACCCUUCCCUCAGCUGCAGCUGAGCACCUCACCUUUGGGAACCAGACUUUAUUCUGGAAGCUUUAUGCAAUUCUGCUAUGUGCUACAAGGCAUGGCGAUCUGAACCCAGACCAGGCAACAAAUGGGCAGAAGGCAGCAAAUAUCCAAGCCGCAGAGGAAAGCAACUGAGAAAUUCUCAUCCCUCAGCGUGGCAUUUGGUGCCAGACCUAGUCUUAGCUUUUGUAUUCCAGCCAUGCCGAGCCUUCACUGCUGUACAGACACACUGAGAAGAGGUCAGGGACCUCUUUCUUGAAAGAUAAAACCUCUCCCAUUCUCCCAUUGCAUGUUGCCUGUGCACCCUUAAUCACAAAAAGAUGGAGGUUGUCCUAUGUGACUGUGUAAGCAUAUUCUGCUGUACUUCUGGACCAACUCUGCAUCUCUGCUGAAGCCAUGCUAACUGUGAGAGAAAAUCCUUGGAUAGCCAGGCCUUUUCAAGUUACUGUAUGCUGAACUUCCUUCUGGAGCAUCCCCACCCUUAUCAGGUUCCCAUGGAUGUGUCCACGGGUAUGUUGAUUUCAGGCAGAGCUACCCUCACUGUAAAGAGGUAGAAACCCACUCAGACAGUGUGGAACUCCGGACAGAAGAGAGCAUCAAGGAAGAAGACUUCUAAAGGGUGAGGGAAUCCAGCAUUUCUUUUCGAAUAUGCGUGGAAGUGAUGGCAUCUUUUCCCUCAAGAGCAUCCAGGGUGGUGUAACUGGCAUUGGGAGCUGGAUUCCAGGAACCGUAAUGCUGCUGGUGGCCAGCCUGGUGUCCGUUCUGUUGCUGGUGUGGAGCGUGAGAGCCACUGCACUGCCCGGAGAAGAGAGACUCGCACUACAGAACACUAGGGAACAGAGCACAGUCCGGAAGGACGCCAUCCUGAAGAUGCUGGCAGGCCUGCUGGACAGCGUGGACACAGGACGUGAGGUGGCUUCCCCAGACAUGGAAGAGGAGGGCAAGCUGGAAGAGGAGCGGGCAGUGCUGGGGCGGCUCGCCCAGCUAUCACAGCGGGACCGCAAGGCCCCCUGCAAAAACUUCUUCUGGAAAACCUUCACCUCCUGCUAGUGCCACCCAGCCUGGCCCUGCCGGGCCGCCUGCCUGCGAACACCCACCUCCUCCCUUCCCCUUGGCCACCCGGUCCCCUGCGCUCCCUUCCUUUUCUUCUCCACCCGUGAGAAUAAAGCAUAGCGCCUCGGG